GCGAGGUUUCCGCCUCUCUCCUCUCCCGGUGCACUACAGCGGCUAGCUGCAGAAAUGUCCUCCGACAAGCAGAACGGAGCCAAACUCGGUCCCAUGGAGGAGAAUAAGGAGAACUCCUCGGACGGAGGACUCGGUCUCGAAAUCCUGCAGAUCAUCAAGGAGUCCCAGCAGCAGCAUGGACUCAGACACGGAGACUACCAGAGAUACAGGGGUUACUGCUCCCGCAGGCUGCGCCGCCUCCGCAAGACGCUCGGAUUCAAGAUGGGAAACAGACACAAGUUUGUUGGGAAGAAGGUCACGGUGGAGAUGCUGUCGGACAGCAGGCAUCUGCUGCUGGUGUUGAUGGAGGCGGAGCGGGCGUGGAGCUACGCCAUGCAGCUGAAGCAGGAGGCCAACACGGAGCCGCGCAAGAGGUUCCACCUGCUGGCGCGGCUGCGUAAGGCGGCCAAGCACAGCGAGCGGCUGGAGAAGCUUUGUGAGAGCCCCAACGUGGACGCCAAGACCAAGCUGGAGGCCCAGGCCUACACGGCGUACCUGACCGGGAUGGUUGAGUUCGAGCUGCAGGAGUGGAAGCUCGCCAUGGAGGCCUUCAACAAGUGCAAAACCAUCUACGAGAAGCUGGCGAGCGCCUUCACCGAGGAGCUGGCCGUGCUGUACCGCCAGCGCGUGGACGAGAUCUCGCCCAACAUCCGCUACUGCGCUUACAACAUCGGUGACCAGAACGCCAUCAACGACCUGAUGCAGAUGAGGCUGACGGGCGGAGGAGGAGGCAUGAUGGCCGAGAAGCUGGAGGCCCUGAUCACCCAGGCCCGGACCAAGCAGGCCGCCACCAUGAGUGAGGUGGAGUGGCGAGGACGGACGGUGCCGGUGAAGAUCGACAAGGCUCGCGUCUUCCUGCUGGGCCUGGCCGACAACGAGGCCGCCAUCGCUCAGGCGGCCAACGAGGAGACCAAAGAGCACCUGUACGAGACCCUGCUGGCCGAGUGCAGAGAUACGAUCCAGGCCGUGAGGGAGGAGCUGAAGACCGAGGCGAAGCAGCGAGAGAGGAGCUCUGAAGGCGACGGCGGGAAGGUUUCCAACCUCCAGUACCUGCACAGCUACCUGACCUACAUCAAGCUGUGCACCCUGGUGAAGAGGAACGAGAGCAUGGCUCACACUCUGCACGGCAAGCUGAAGGAGACGGAGGCCGACGAGUACAAGAGGGGCCCCCGGCCCCAGGACCUGAUCCGGCUCUACGACAUCAUCCUGCAGAGUCUGGCUGAGCUCUCCACCCUGCAGGGCCUGGAGGACGACCACACCUUCCAGAAGGAGGUGUCCCUGAAGACGCUGGUCUACAAGGCCUACAGGUGUUUCUUCAUCGCUCAGUCGUACGUGUUGGUGAAGAAGUGGAGCGAGGCGCUGGUGCUGUACGAGCGGGUGCUGAAAUACGCCAAGGAGGUCCAGUCCAAGGCCAAGAGCCUGAACAACAGCCUCAAGGACCUCCCCGACGUCCAGGAGCUCAUCGCCGAGGUCAGCGCUGAGAAGUACUCCCUUCAAGCUUCCGCCAUCUUAGAUACCGACGAGACGGCGGACGUUCCCUCGCAGCAGCAGCUGAAGGACAACACGCGCCUCUGCGACCGCCUGGAGACUUUCCGCCUGGACUCGUCCCUGGUGGGGAAGCAGCCCAACCUGGUCCAGUUCCCGCCCGAGUUCCAGCCGAUCCCCUGCAAGCCGCUGUUCUUCGACCUGGCACUGAACCACGUGGCCUUCCCGCCGCUGGACGACAAGGUGGAGCAGAAGGGCAAGGGCGGCCUGACCGGCUACAUCAAGGGCAUCUUCGGCUUCGGCAGCUAGGCCUCACAGACCCCCGUCCGAGUUUAACGACCCGCCGGACUCCCGGCCGUCGGCUGGAAUCAUCUCACCUCCUCUGUUUGAUUCCGAGGGAAUCAGUCCGAUCUGAAGGUUCUUAACUCUGACCGGUCAGGGGUCACGGCGGCGCCGGCCGGCGCUCCAGCCGCCUCCAACUGUAGUUAAACUCGACUCGUUUGGCAUUCUUGGGUCUUCUCCCAUUCAUGUAAGCGCCUUUCAUCUUUGUUUUCCUUCGUGUGAGACGUUUUCAUCUUUUAUUUGUCUUUUUUCAGAUCCUGCAUGAAUCACCAGAACUAAUUUGGCGAAGUGAUUUUUAUUUUUUAUUUUUUUUGUUUCCAUUAUCGCAUCUUGAGCUUCGUCCUUCGUCUCACGUUAGCCCGCGAUGAUUAAGCCUGUGAGACUGAAGACGCCGCCACGGGCCUCAUGUCCCCCCCAGGACGCCUUACAGACGCGUCGGAGGGAACAAAAACCCGGUGUCGGUCGACAGAAUCUUACUGCUUUCAAUUCAAAUAAAUUUCGUUUUUUCUGAAUUAACGGCAGUUUUUCUUUUUUUUCUUUUUUUUAAAGUUUUUAUGAAUUAAGAUGAUUUUAUUCCUUUUUUUAUGAAAGAGGAAAAAUGGUUUCCCUCCCGUGAGUUUAAACGAGCUCCUCCGGAGUAAAACCUGUCAGAUCAUCAGUGUCAUAAAUCAUGUUUUAUCUAAAAUUGAACUUUUAGCCCUUUUUGUACGACGGAGUAUUAGGGCCAAACUAAGACCCAAAAAUAAAAUUGAAAUUACGAGAAUAAAAUAAUAAUAUGAGAAUAAAGUCGUAAAAUUACGAGAAUAAAGUCGUAAUAUAACGAGAAUAAAGUGGUAAUUUAUGAGAACUAACAGGAAGAGCAGUCCUCCCUGUGUUAAAAUGAGGAAUAUUGAGCGUCUUGUGAAGUUAUAUUUUGGUAUCGGUUUCACAAAUAAGGAAAUACUUAAUCUUUUGGGACAUCAGCACCGCAUUAUCAAUAAAAGGACUUUAAAACGAUUGUGCUCUUCCUGUUAGAGUUCUCAUAAAUUACGACUUUAUUCUCAUAAUAUUACAACUUUAUUCUCGUAAUAUUACAACUUUAUUCUCGCAACAUUAUGACUUUAUUCUCAUAAUUUUACAAUUUUAUUCUCAUAUUAUUAUCACUUAUUCUCGUAAUUUCCAAUAAUUUUUUUUUGUCUUAGUUUGGCCCUAAUAAUCGUUGUAUUUUUGACUCCAAAACGAAUAAAAUUUGAUGCAACUAAAGACGUUUAUUCAGGUCUGGAUGUGAAGAGCAAACAAAAGCUGUAUUAUUGAUGGAUUUUGUUCUUAAUUCAAAACAACAGAGCCGUUUUUAAAACCAUCACUUUAAGAAUCAAAGCAGCUUCGUUUAUCUUUCAUUCAUCCGACCGGCCUUGAAGUGGGAACUUCCUGUCGACUUCCUGCCGUCGUCAGGCGGUUGGAAGCAGCAGACGGCGAGGUCUGGAGGAGGUUUUAACGCGCCAGUAACGCGCCCGUGCUCCAGGGCCGAGCACGGGCCCCUCCUCACACCUCUGAGUGGUUUUCCUCCCGUUUAGCGUCAUAAAAACAUGAAUUGGGGUCAGUAGUUGUGGAGACUUGAAUGUGUGAUUUUCAUUUGGUCUCUAAACCCGAAAUUAAAAUAUUUGCACAAAA